CCCUCUCAUCCCUCUCCGAUUCUGAUCGUACAGCAGCAAGACAUGUCAGGGGUGUGGGUGUUCAAGAACGGCGUCGUGCGGCGAGAGAACCCAGGCGGCGGCGACUCGAUCGGCAGUCGGCGGCGGAAGAUCCUGGUCUAUCUUCCCACCAACGAGGUGAUCACAUCCAAUGAGAUGCUGGCGACCAAGCUCGCGGAGCUCGGGUGGGAGCUGUACCCCAGCACCCCGGAUCUUGUCCAGUUCCACAAGCGCUCGUCGGUGCACCUCAUCUCGGUGCCGAGAGACUUCUCCAGGUUCACGUCCGUGCACAUGUACGACAUCGUCGUCAAGUGCCGGAACGUGUUUGAGGUGCGCGAUGCAUGACCCGUCCAUACAUACACGCACGGGUACACGAGACACCUAUGUCAUGCUCGUGGAUUCAGGACCAAAUUGGUAGCCAAAAAGAGGCUGAACGCUGCACCAAAUUAUGCAGAUUCUGAUAGAGAUUGGCACUACGCCUUCAUCGUGAACAAUAUUGUCUUUUACCACACACGCAGACCUAAAAUUCAGUCGAGAAGACCCUUUGUUCCAGAAGAGACACAAGGUCUUUUUUGUUCUAGAAGAUAUCUGCACGAAGCCAAAGGAUCUAUCUUCGUGGAUGCUAACCCCAAACUGUUAUGUGAUAAGACUUGUCGUCGUCGGAGGUUCGAGGCUAACUUAAGAACUUGUUGCACUACAUACAGAAAGAGUCUCCCCUUUCCCUUUCUUUCUUUCUUUCAAAAGAAGAGAGCGAGAAGAUAAAUCUUUAAAUAAGCUUCAAGUUUUCAUGC